UUCACUCUUGUUUCCAGAAUCUACCGCUGUUGCUAGUGAUCCGUGAGAGACUGGUGGAGCCAGCAUCUUUCACCUUCGCUCUUUCUGCUCUCACUCGCUGCCAACCGCGCAGCAUGGACGGCGGCCGAAGAAGACCCCCAUUUGAUUUCCAAUUCGACCGCUCCGACAGCAACAAGCAUUCCUACACACAAAUGGAUCCACGCCACCGCUCAUCACCUUCGCCGCUCUUUGUCCGUCAAGAAAGUGAUUCCCCAGAACGCCGUACCACUCCGCCUCGGCACCCUCUGCUCGCUCUGCCUUCGAUACGCUCCCACUUUCCUCGUGAUGGCUUCGAUUAUCGCCGUCCUCUUUCUGCUGCCCAAUCUUCCACCUCGGCCAAUAACGUAAUCGACCUGACGUCCGACGACGAUUCUGCCCUUCCCGAAACUGCUCCUACGCCACAACCACAAUUCGCCGCUGCUCCCAUGGCCUUGCCGAGAUUUGGAAGAGAGAUCAUAGACUUGUCAGCGGAUACGAGCCCCGUACGGCCAGCCCAUCCUCAUCACGCAAGGACGUCUCCGAGCCCCGAAGUGCAGUUUGUAUCUAGCCGACCUCUAUCCCGCACCGACCAACAUCCUUCGAAUCCUCCGCCUUUCCUGGAUCCGCAUCCCGAACGCAGACGACCUGUCGCAGACUUGAUCCUUGACGACGAAGACGAUGUAAUUGUGGCCGGCUCACGCACUGGCGUCAAUCUACCACGGCCGUUUGAGGCGCAAAGAAGACCGCAACUUGGAAGAUUGGCACACUUGAUGAAUGAAUUACCGACAUUGAGAGCUGCAGCCAUGGCCGCCGUUGCUCGUGGAAGAGGUGCAAUGCCUUCCAUUUUUGGAGCCACCGAAGAUAACGACUUUCCUCGCCAUGAUGCUCGCCUGUUUACUGGUAUGAUGCCGGCAUUCCUGAACUACGAGACUGUUGCCUUCAACGUUGGAACUGGGGAUGAAGACAUUCAAUUACCUCUUCCCAAAUUUGACCCGCCCCCACCAGCUCCAGAAGGGUUUACCAGAGAUCCAACAGAGGAAGACACGAUUGUCUGUCCAAACUGCGAAGAGGAAUUAGCCGUCGGAGAAAGCGAAGAAAAACGCCAAGUCUGGGUCGUCAAAGGAUGCGGUCACGUAUAUUGUGGCACAUGCAUGAACAAUCGUAAGAGAAAGGUUCUCAAAGGGGCUAAAGGAAAAGGGCGAGCAGACGACCCGAUGCUACCGAAACCUUUUGUCAAUUGCCGCGCCGACAAUUGCGCAGUCCGAGUCUCUCACAAGAACGAUGUGAUGCAGAUUUUCCUCUAAGCAAGGUUGGCCCUUUCACUUCAAAUUUCUCGACUUUUUGCUUUCUUGUCGAUACCCUUUCUUUUUAUGGUGCUUGGAGCAUCACAAUGGAUAUGAGGGAUGGGCGUCUUGUAUUUUCGGAGUGUAAAUCAGGGGCGCAAAGACAUGUACUUUAUGGGGCGGGUGGCCACACAUCAUGUCUUCAAGCAUGCAUAGCGACGGCGUUUAUUCUUAACUUUUCUGGGAAUGGGGGACACGAGGGAAGACAAGAUCUUUCCAGGCGUCUACUGGGUUUUCAGCACUCUUUUCCACUAGCUCAAAUAGAGCAGCACUCAUUAGAGAGCAUGGCAGAUAUUGGAAGAUGACGCUCAAACAAAUAAUACUUCGAUUGCCC